GAGAGACUAGCGGGACCUGAACGUGUCCAAAUGACGGCAUCAAUGAUGCUGCGCCUGCCCCGAAGCAAUAAAAAAACUUAAAGCCCAUAUGAUUCAAAAGUUGCCUAUUUUCCACUGCCAAGAUUUCUGACAACCUCAACUUAUUAUUUCUUCUCAAACAGCAAACAGUCAUCACCUCGUCGUUGUCGAUACCCACGUAAAUCGAUCAUUGCCGUGCUUUAUAGCUUUAUUCCUGAGCUAUCCCAGAUUAUUUCUACGCUGUCGGCUUCUCGCAACGAAGAUUCGGUGAAGGAAAGCAGCUAGAUAGAUACGCGGUUUCGCAAUAGGAUAAUAAAAGCUUCCCACGGGCUUUUAUACCUACACUGGAUAGGGAAACGGAGCGAAGGGACUUUGUGCUGCUACUAGCUACUAGAGUAAAGGAUAAAAAAGAAAGGAUGUCGAAACGAUCGGGCGGUGCGAGUAACGGCGCCGCGGCCAAGGUCAACCAGGCGAACAUUGCGGAUGAGCCUUCGUACAAGAAGCAGAAGGACCUUCUCUCUUCUACAGGCCAUUUCUCCCUGCUGAAGGCUUUGCACAUGGCCGACUACAUCACUGAGCUGAAUGGCGCUUGCGGUAUCCUAUCCGUCUUCUCUUCCCUGCGAUACUGCCUCGGCGACCCCACGGACAAGACGAAUGUAUACCUCGCGCUUGCGUUCCUGCCUCUUGGGCUAUUUUUCGAUUUCAUGGAUGGUCGAGUUGCAAGGUGGCGGAAGAAGAGUAGUAUGAUGGGUCAGGAGUUGGAUUCGUUGGCAGAUUUGAUCUCCUUCGGUCUCGCCCCAGCCUGCGUAGCAUUCAGCAUCGGUCUGCGUACAACACUCGACCAGGUGUUCUUGGCUACAUUCGUAUUAUGUGGUUUAACGCGACUAGCACGCUUCAACGUCACAGCGAACAGCGGCGAUAUCCCCAAGGAUGCAAACGGAAAGGCCAGCUACUUCGAGGGCACGCCUAUUCCUACGACGCUAGGUAUCGACGCUCUGAUGGCGUGGUGGGUGAGCAAGGAUUGGGUUCUUGAUCAGGUCCCCGGCGGCACGCUAUUCGCAGGCACUAACUUCGAAGUCCACCCCAUUGUCGCCAUGUUCCUGAUCCACGGGUGCCUGAUGUGCAGUAAGACUCUACACGUACCUAAGCCCUAACAACCGUCCAUCACUCAUCUCUCCCUCUGUACCUUGUAUUAGCAGGUAGACAGCAAGGGUAAAUUCAUGUGGUUAGAUUUCUUUUUUUCCGGUUCGGCUCGGAGCGUCGGGGGAGGAUAGAUAUCUUAGGCACUCUACUACUUAUUUGUUAAUGGGAUGGGGUGUUUUGCCAUGAGGCUAGCGAAAAGAGUGGAAAAGGAAACAUAAAUAGCGCACCACGAAGAAGAGCAAAGCGGAGAGGGAGAGACAGGAGAUAUCACGCAUAUAUUACGCAUAGGUAGACGAGCAUACGUAUAGAAACAAUGACGGUAAACAGAACCUAACAGACGAGUGCGUUGAUUUUAUGCUGACCGGUGUAUCUUGACGGUGUGAUUACUUUGCUGGCUUGGUACUUUCCAGAUAUAUUGAGCUGCGGCUUGCUCUAAACGGGUAUAUUCUUUGGCCAGGGGGGGGUAGGUAAGAUAGGUUGAAGAGAUUAUGUGCUCAAGUCGCGUAGAGAGUAAAGCAGAUAAGGGAGGUAGUUAUUUAUGUUGGAUGGUAAAACUACGAAUACCUACCUACCUAACUUAUAUAAGUCGUGCCAUCUACCCCUUUUUUACUCAUACACGCUUUUGCCCGGAGGCAGACUAACCUUAGGUACCUAGUCUUAUGGGUUGGCAAGUAGGGCGCGUGAAUAAAUAUCACGUCGGUGCUUGACGG